GUUGUUUCCGGCCGCCGGAAACAACUUGGGGCGCUUGUUGUUCGAAAAAUUUAUCGGUCAAAAAACGUAGCUCCUCAUGAGUUCAGGAAAAACAUGAUCUCUACACGACCCGGUAUGUUGCGGCUCCGUGCUGUGGAAGUCAAGAACAUCUUCGGUUUAAUCCGCAGCAAGGCGCAGCUCGGUAUGUUUAUAUACAACAUGUCGUCGGUCUGUCGAGUUGAUUGCGGAGUUUCGGGGAGAGGUAACAUCAGCCUGGCCACAAUGCUAGCUGUGAUUAGAUUUGUAGUCCCUACUUACAUUGUACUAGUACAAGUUGUAUAAGUUGUGCCACACACUUCCGCAACAAACGACAACGUGCUGUAGUGCUUUUGUGCGGCACCGGCACGCGAAGCUGAACUAUUGAUACAACCAUUGUUCAUGGUAAUUUUUUUUUUCGGACGCCAUUCUUCUGAAUAUUUCCAGUUGAGGAGGAUUUUUAUUUGUUAUCCUGAAUCAAAAUCAAUCCAACCCGUACCCGAGGUGAUAAGUAGUUGUUUUUCGCUCAAGUGUGGUAUUUCGAUCCCAGCUAAAGCAAACCGAUCUAAUAGAAGGAAUUUCUUUCCGUUAUCGAUUGCAAAUAUAUCUGGAUCUGGAAAUUUGUGUUGUUGAAGCUUUCGCUGCAGAGUUGUAGACACUUCCUACAUAAUUGUCAGCAUCAGAACUUUUGCGAGAUUCAUCGCAAAGAAGGUACUUACUGCAGAUUCAGGCGUAAAACGCACGAAAAAGAAGGUGAAGGUGCUCAAUCGCAUUCAUGCAUGACAGAUCUUGUUGCCCUUCCAAAUUCGCAUGACAAACCCAGCCCCAGACUACAUAUUUGCCAUGCAUACCUGGUUGCUUUCCGCUGGACUGUCGUGGUACUUCGAUUCCAUCUAUCCGAACAGAAUCUAUCAAAUGUAAAAAUGUCUGGGUCUGGAACAUUCAAAACUUGUGAUGCUGUCUCUGGAUUCUGAAAAAAUUUGUAUUGCAUGACCAGCAAGACGACUCCAGUUUGUGCUACGCGGAGAGGUCAUUUCUCAUGCUGUAUAGGCAUCACAAAGCGCUCUAAAAAUCUGUGAUGCUACGGCAUGCAUCAUAGACAUCAUGGGUCAUGGAAAAUAUGCAUGACAAAUCGAGAAAUCUUCCAGACCCAGACAUUUUUGCAUUUGAUAGAAUCUAAACCGAUCCAAUAGGAAUUUCUACCUGUGGAGGCGGUCGGUCGUUCUUCCUGUUGGUGUUGUAUACUGUAAAAGUUAA